AUCGCUCCCGCUCCCCGCCGCUGUCUCCACUCCAGGCUCCUUCCCCGCCCGUGUUUCUGUCUCAGGCCGCGGCCUCCACUCACCGCCCGCCAGCAUGGCGAUGCAAGCAGCCAAACGAGCCAACAUCCGGCUCCCGCCGGAGGUCAACCGGAUCCUGUACAUCAGGAACCUGCCCUACAAAAUCACGGCCGAGGAGAUGUACGACAUUUUUGGGAAGUACGGGCCCAUCCGGCAGAUCAGAGUUGGAAAUACCCCUGAGACCAGAGGAACAGCCUAUGUGGUCUAUGAGGACAUCUUCGAUGCCAAGAACGCCUGUGACCACCUGUCAGGGUUCAACGUGUGCAACAGAUACCUCGUGGUUCUGUACUACAAUGCAAACAGGGCAUUCCAAAAGAUGGACACAAAGAAGAAAGAAGAACAGCUUAAGCUUCUCAAGGAAAAAUAUGGAAUUAACACAGACCCGCCAAAAUAAACUGAUCUUCUUUGGAAAACUGUUUUCAAGCCCUUCCAUCGAAUUCUUGGCCUAAACAUAGGAAUUCUUAACAAAGUGUAGUUUUUUCUCUUAUAAAUUUGAUAAGCUGCAAUAUGAGUCUCUAUAUCUUCAGAUUAAGAUUAAAUAAAUGUAGAACAUACAGAGAUCUGCUUUAAGAUUUAAAUCCCCCAAGGCGACAUGGCUUCUCUGUGCUGAGGGUGACCUGGCAAAGGCUGCCUUGACCUGUUUCAAGAAGGGACCGAGCAGGUUCUGUGUUUGACUGAACAAAGCAAGUGCAAGUCCAUGUUUGUAACAAAGUUUCUUUCACAAACUGUAGAAGAUGAACGGCUUUUAAAAGGAUCCAGCUGAUAAGGAGACUCCACUCCAAGUACCUCAUUCCCAGUGGUGGUGCCUGCUCUGAUCAACUGCAGUGAAACAAUCCAGCUCUCACACUAAAAAAAAAGUGUAGAGGGCUUUGUUGUAUGUCCCAGGUUUGGACGGAGGACUUGGUGUGAAGAACACAUGACCAAGAUGAGACCAUAGAUUAAGGUUUUCGUUUUGAUACCUGUAGUGUGAUUGUUUUCUACUUGGCAUGGUUGAACUGUAAGACAUUUUCUGUACAUACAUUUUUAGGUGUAGCAUCUGGUAAAGGAAAAACAAAUUUAUGUUUUUUUGGUUCUUUUUUCAGUACUCAUGUCCUGUGUAUAAAAAUGAGUGUGAUCCAGAGUGUGCAGUAUGUUUUGGAAGUGGGACAGAAUAACUUGUGUCUGUGUCGUGAACCAGCUGGAAGUUGUGUGAAUGUGGGUAGUGUCCUGCCUUCGGAGGAUUUAUUUGCAUGGAUGUGAUCUUCUGCUCCCUGACCAGACAACUUCCAGCCAGUGCAGAACGGAGGCAGACAACAAUAUACUUUACCUGGGAUUUGUAAUUCAGUUUUGUUUUUCAGUGCAUUCUACAGUCACAGAGGAAUGCUUCCAUUUUCUGAAAUUACUUUUUUGUUGGAAUCUGUCACUUCAAUAACAAUACUGUGUCCGUUUGGUGAAAAAAUAAAUGUCUGCAUAUUUUGCUUUUUUUAAUCAA